CAUAUCUAGCUUUGAAGCAGAAACAGUACUAUAUUAAGAUGAGUUUCUGGGUUCAAUUGGGUUUUUUAAUAGUUGUUGUGUGUAUAAAAUUAGUACAAGGAGAUGGGUCUGAUCUGUUUCAUAGUUCAAAUAAAAACCAAGGAGGAUGCAAUUUAUUUGUAGGGAAAUGGGUAAUUGAUAGUUCAUAUCCUUUUUAUAAUUCUUCAAGCUGUCCUUGGAUAGAUGCUCAAUUCAAUUGCCAGAAAUUUCAUAGGCCAGAUACACAGUAUCUUAAGUAUGCAUGGAAGCCUCAAUCUUGUGACUUACCCAGGUUUAAUGGGUUGGAUUUGCUAAAGAGAUGGAAGGGGAAGAAGAUCAUGUUUGUGGGUGAUUCUUUGAGCAGAAACCAGUGGCAGUCUUUGCUUUGUAUGAUUCAUGCUUCUGCUCCAUCUGCUAAAACUACUUAUUCCAUCAAACAUGACCUUAUUUCUUCUGUCUCUUUUGAUGAAUAUGGAGUAAUUAUAUCUCUAUACCAUACAACAUAUUUGGUAGACAUUGUACCAGAAAAAAUUGGUAGAGUUCUGAAAUUGGAUUCAAUCCAAGCUGGUGAAUCAUGGAAAGGAAUGGACUUUCUCAUUUUCAACACAUGGCAUUGGUGGGUCCAUAAGGGAGCUUCUCAACCAUGGGACUAUGUUCAAGAUGGGUCAAGUGUAACAAAAGAUAUGGACCGUUUGACAGCCUUUUCAAAAGGAUUAACCACAUGGGGAAAAUGGGUUGACCAAAACGUUGACCCAUCAAAAACCAAAGUCUUCUUCCAAGGAAUCUCUCCAACUCACUAUACGGGUAAGGAUUGGGGCUCCAGAAACCCAAACUGUAGAGGAGAAGAUAACCCGUUACCCGGGUCCACUUACCCGGCCGGUUCACCACCAGAAGCCAAAGUUGUGAGCAAUGUUUUGAGCAAGAUUAAAAAACCGGUUUAUUUGCUUGACAUCACAACACUGUCUCAGCUGAGGAUUGAUGCACAUCCUUCAAUUUAUGGUGGUAAACCCAGAGGUAAUGACUGUAGUCAUUGGUGCUUGCCCGGCCUGCCCGAUGUUUGGAACCAACUUCUAUAUGCUGCCCUAUAAUCUCCAAAUGAUUUUGGAUCUUGUAAUUUGCAAGAAAAUUAUCAAUAAAAAGGUUUAUUUAAUGUA